UUGAACAACGUAGAAAAUAUCUCAGCCGCCUACCUCCUAACAAGGGAUUCGGACUUUCAUGUGAUUCGGAACGAUCCUGGUCAGGGCGGUGUUAGAUUUGCAAACCGCACUGACUGCUUCAUCACGGACUAGGCAAAAGCAAGCAUCUAAAGCCCGUGGUGUGGAAAAGGAAGGCAGGGAGAGCAGAGGGUGAUUGCUCAUUUCGGUUGAUUGCUGCAUCAAGGAAAAGAUUCAAAGAUGAUGGAAGAAGAUGAUGGCCAAAAUAUUCUUAAUGAACAAGAAGAGGCACCAUCCAAGGAGAGGUCCACAACUGUUGAUCUCACAACUGACAGCUCACUACUUGUUGAUAUAUCAGAUGCCCUAAGUGAAAAAGACAAAGUGAAAUUUACAGUGCAUACAAAGACAACUCUCCCUGAUUUUCAAUCUUCCGAGUUCUCUGUGGUGAGAGAGCAUGAAGAAUUUGUGUGGUUACAUGAUCGAUAUGUUGAAAAUGAAGAGUAUGCAGGAAUCAUUAUUCCACCUACACCUCCAAAACCUGAUUUUGAUGCUAGCAGGGAGAAACUUCAAAAACUAAGUGAGGGUGAGAACACUAUGACUAAGGAAGAAUUUCAGAAGAUGAAAGCGGAACUAGAGGCGGAAUACCUAGCCACGUUCAAGAAAACUGUAGCCAUGCACGAAGUCUUUCUUUGUCGACUUGCGGCCCAUCCAAUUUUACGCAAUGACCAGAACUUUAAAGUUUUCUUGGAGUAUAAGGAAGAUUUGUGCGUGAAAAGCAGAGGUGCGAAAGACUUCCUGAAAGGGUUUGCAAAAGGUAUUGUUAAAGGUGUUGACGAGAAAGUCCUGCUUGCUGGUCAAAAAGAUCACGAUGAGUUUUUCGAAAACGAGAAAAAGAGCCAGCUCGAUUAUUACACUAAGGUAAAAGAUGCAGCUUUAAAGAGUGAUAAAUUAUUUGUGAGUGAAAAGAAAUUGGCGGAUAUCCUAAUCAAAAUGUCAACUUCGAUCGGAGCAAUGGGAACUAGCGAGUCUACUGACUUAGACAGAAUCUUCAACAAGACUAGUGAAAUUAUGGAGAAGCUGAGGAAAAUCGAGAACAGAAAAGCGUCAGAUACCGAUUUAAAGCUGUCGGAUUUACUACGGUAUCACAUGCGGGACACUGAGGCUGCAAAAGAUUUGCUGUAUCGACGCAUGCGCUGCCUACAUAAUCUGGAAAACGCCAAUAAAAACCUUGACAAAGCAAGAGCUAAAAACAAAGGCGUCGCAGAGGCAGAGAAAGCAAAGGAGCAGGCAACAGAGAAAUUUGAUGCGAUUUCCGAAGUUGCGAAGCAUGAACUUACAGAUUUAAGAAAGAAUAAGGUCCAAGCCUUUAAAAAGAACUUGGUUGAACUUUCAGAGCUACAGUUGAAACACUCUAAGGCUGAAGUACAGCUUCUUAAGAACACAAUUGCUGCGCUGAAGGAAGGACAGUAACAUUUAGAUUAUUAGAUCCAAUAUUUUUAUAUAACUAUGAUUUGCCCACCUAAUAUUGUUAUCAAUUACGUUUUAAGAUAAUCUGAAAUAACAUUUUGAUAUUUCCAGCAUGUCAAGGAUACAAACAUCUUGUCUGCUGAUGCAUUGUGAUUGGUAGGGAAGGUUUUGUAUCAGGCCCUAACCCCACAUGUUUUCUCUAGCUGUUCAAGAACUGUAAAAAGCCGGGAUUUUUCAUUCAUGUAAGUCAACAAUCUCCCAUGGAGUUCUUUCUAAACGGAGCGUCUAAUUGAAUUGUUGUAUCCAUGUACUAUUGGAAAAUGACAUCCUUUGUUGAAAUAACCCUGUUUCCCCGCUGUCGUAUUACUUAGCUUGGAGGUGCCUCCGAUAUGAAUUUCAGAUGAAAUACUAUUAUUAAUUGCUUUGGUUUUCAGCCUCUGUUGUAAUUGUCAAUGGCAAGUUGUCAAGUAAUUUCAUUCAAUAAUUGCAUUUGUUAGUUUGUGUAUACAAAAAUCGUAGCUGCGCAGACAA